AUGGAGAAUACGCCGCUCAUGUUGAGUUUUGAAGAUUUUGUAGGUCGGUAUGUUCAUGGCCCAAGUUCUCCGUUCGAAAUGUUGGUUGAUGUUACUCAAGUAGCUGCUGAGAUCUAUGUAAAGGAAAAGGCUAUCAUGAAACGGAGAAUUCUUACAAGAGAAAAUCUUUUGAAGAAGCCAGCGACGACGACUGAUGAUGAUCAUGAUGUAUUCGAGGCUAGUGAUCCUUGGCUAAGAGUACCAAUAUCCCACGCAAGUUCGAGCCGAAGGAAGCGAAGUUAUGCUCGAAGCGAGAUGGGAGAUACAGAUUCCAAGAUCAAGAAUCAAGAGAUCAUCCGGUUUCAAACCAUUAAUGGAGGAAACCCGCGGUCCAAGAAGAACCUGAUGAAGAAUAUCGUGACCAAUGUUUCAAACAGGCGGCAGGAGUUGCCUGAAGAUUUAAAGAAUCGUAUCAAGGUUAUGGAUGGAACCGGAGUGGUUAUGGUAAUACAGAAAGCUCUUACAGCAACUGACGUAAAAAAAUGCCAAGCUCGGCUGUCCAUGCCAUUUGGACAGAUCAAUAUGGAUUUCUUGAGAGAGGGAGAGAGAGACUAUCUUCGCCGGCAAAAUGACAUGGAAGUUCCAUUCAUUGAACCCUCUGAUGUGUUUAGUAAGAUUGUUCUGAGGCAGUGGGACAUGCGCAAAACUAGGGGAAAAACGAGCUCAAUGUACGUGCUGAGGAAGUGCUGGCAUGAUGUCACCUUAACGAAUGAUCUCCAGGAUGGUGAUGUGGUGCAGGUAUGGUCUUUCCGAGUUGGUAAUGAACAACGACUCUGCUUGGCUCUUGUCGUGGUUAAUAGAAAGAAAGACCAAGGGAGCUUGAAAAAUAGCAAGGCAAUAAGUCUGAUGAAGAAGAAGCAAGCACCAGCCCAAGAGCAGAUCGACGAUCAUAGGGAGAACCACUCUCACGUGACAAGUACGGGAAUUUGGCAGUAG